AUCGUACUGUCACCAUAUCCACCCAUGAUCUUCGCCUACCCUACUGCUUUUAUCUCCCCUUCUUUUUAUCAUCUCUCUCCCUUCUUUCCUGCAAACGUAACAAACAAGAAAGAAAGAAAGAAAGAGACAUGUUAAGAUCUCAAGAACUCCCAGAUUGCUUUUACCAAAACAAGCCAACCUUAAUCUGUCCAAACGCCCCUACCCCUAACCAUUCCUUGUAUCUCUCCAACCUCGAUGAUCAAAAGUUCCUUAGAUUCUCCAUUAAAUAUCUAUACCUUUUCAGGAAAGCUGUUGCCCUAGAUAUCUUGAAAUAUUCCCUCUCCAAAGUUCUCGUUCAUUACUACCCUUUAGCUGGGAGGUUGACAACUUGCAGCCUCGACGAUCACAAGCUCCAGAUUGACUGCAAUGCCGAAGGUGCUGUUUUUGCCGACGCUUUCAUGGAUAUCACUUGUGAUGAGUUUCUUCAGUUUUCCAGGAAACCAAACAGGUCUUGGAGGAAGCUUCUUUACAAGGUUGAAGUUCACUCAUUCCUCCAGAUCCCUCCCCUUGUUGUUCAGGUGACGAAUCUAUCCUGUGGAGGUAUGAUCCUCUGCACCGCGAUAAAUCAUUGUAUAUGUGAUGGCAUAGGCACAUCCCAGUUCCUGCACGCGUGGGCGCACGUAAUCACCAAACCUAAAAUCGAUAUUACCGUCUUACCCUUCAACUCUCGCCACGUGUUGAAACCCCGAAAUCCUCCUCAAAUAACCCACACCCACCUGGGAUAUACCAAAACUACCCUCAAAGAUAACUAUACCCACGUGGACAUCAACCAGUAUUUACAGUCCCAGCCACUGGUGCCCACGUCUUUUACCUUCACCCCACUCCACGUCCUCCGCCUCAAACGGCAGUGCGUCCCGUCCCUCAAAUGCACUACCUUCGAGGCAUUGUCCUCGCACACGUGGCGGUCGUGGGUUCGGUCCCUUGACCUUUCGCCGUCGUCGCUCAAGGUCAAGCUCCUGUUUUCCGUCAACGUUAGAAAGAAGUUAAUCCCGGAAUUGCCGGACGGGUAUUACGGGAACGGAUUUGUUCUGGGUUGCGCCGAGACGGCGGUAAAAGACUUGGUGACCGCGAAUUUACACCACGGGAUAAACUUAAUCCAACGAGCUAAAUCGGGUUUAAAUGACGGGUACGUGAGGUCACUGAUUGAUUUGUUGGAGGAUAAAAAUGUGAUAACGGAUACUUGUUCCAGCUUCGUGAUUUCUCAAUGGGCUAAGCUGGGAUUAGAGGAUUUGGAUUUUGGGGAAGGUAAGCCCCUGCAUAUGGGACCCUUGACAAGCGAUAUUUACUGCUUGUUUUUACCAGUCGUCGGUAACUUUGAUGCGGUGAGAGUGCAAGUAUCAGUGCCGGAGUGUGUAGUUGAAAAGUUCGAAUAUUACAUGAUGGAUGGGUUGGAUAAAGAAGAUAAUGGAGAACAAACUGGUUUCAUUUGAAAAUCAUGCUUCUGUUUCAAAGGCUUUUUUAAACCCUCCCUAAAAAUAAUAAAAGAAAUUUUACUGU